UAUAGUAGGUAUUCUUUCACAAAAUUGUUGUCAUGUCCAAAUGUCUACUAAGACACAAUAAUUGAGAAGCUUGCCCACAUUUUAAUUCUUUUUAAAGCCUAUAAAAGCUUAACAUUUUUGUCAUAUGCCUGCCAGUUCACUUUAUUUAGAUAGCAUGUUAGGUCUCUUUACUUUAUUUGCGCUCGCGAGUGCCAUUACUGCUGGCACUGUACCCACUAGCCUCUUCGUUGGCCGCAUUGUAAAGGGUGUGAAUACCACCAUCGAGGUUCAUCCCUACCAGGUGUCCAUACAAAAACUUAACGGACGUCACUUUUGCGGUGGCAGCAUCAUCGAUGAAGACACUAUUGUCACAGCUGCGCAUUGUUUGCGUACGACCACAGCUGCUCAAAUUCAAAUACGACUCGGUAGUACCAGUUACAAUGGGGGCGGUCGUGUUGUGCGUGCUCGUGCUUUGCAAAUUCAUCCCGACUACGUGCAUAAGACCAACUACAAUGAUGUUGCUAUAAUAAAAUUGGCCGAAUCAGUUAGCGAAUCUACUCGUAUCCGUUAUAUUCGCUUGGCCAGCAGUACGCCACUCACUUGUACGCGUGCUGUCGUCACUGGUUGGGGCGUUGAAUGCUACAAAAACUGCACCAAGUCUCCAUUAAUCCUGCAAGAAGUUGAAGUUGGUAUUGUUGAUAGGAAUGCGUGUGCUUCCAAGGCAUAUAAAUACGGCUCAAAGAUUAAGGAUACUAUGUUAUGUGCUUAUGAUUUGGGCAAAGAUGCUUGUCAAGGUGAUUCUGGCGGUCCAUUGGUAGCUAACAAUGAACUGGUCGGUGUUGUGUCGUGGGGUAAUGGUUGUGCUACAGCUGGCUAUCCAGGCGUGUACUGCGAUGUUGCCGAUGAACGUACUUGGAUUUUAAAUGCUGCUCGCACUCUGUAAAGUGUGCUUUGAAAAGGCAAAAAUAAAACUAUUUAUAUAUAUGUAUAUAUAUAUAUAUUUUUUAAUAUACGUUAAA